AGUAAAAACACUAAAGGGGUAGCUAUGGAGAUGGAGCGUUUUCCUGGCUGCUUUCUUUGACAGGUGUUGAGUGGGGCAAAAGUCUUAAAACAGAAUUCAGCAUGUACGCCAAAGGUAAAGGAGCUGUCGUCCCUUCCGAUAGCCAAGCGAGAGAAAAGUUAGCUUUAUAUGUGUACGAGUAUUUACUUCAUGUUGGCGCACAGAAAUCUGCACAGACCUUCCUGUCAGAGAUCCGAUGGGAAAAGAACAUCACACUUGGGGAACCUCCAGGAUUUUUACACUCAUGGUGGUGUGUAUUCUGGGAUCUGUACUGCGCCGCCCCGGACCGGAGGGAGACAUGUGAACAUUCCAGCGAGGCCAAGGCUUUCCAUGACUAUAGUGCAGCCGCUGCCCCCAGUCCUGUGAUGGGCAAUAUGCCACCCAACGAUGGCAUGCCGGGAGGACCCAUGCCCCCGGGCUUCUUUCCAGGUCCUCCAGGAUCUCAGCCUUCGCCUCACACACAGCCUCCCCCACACAACCCCAGUAAUCCCAUGAUGGGACCUCAUGGACAGCCAUUCAUGUCUCCACGGUACCCAGGUGGCCCAAGGCCCUCCCUCCGUAUGCCAAAUCAACCCCCUGGGAGCAUUCCCGGGUCACAGCCUCUCCUUCCAAACAGCCUGGACCCCACCAGACCUCAAGGGCAUCCAAACAUGGGAGGUCCGAUGAGAAUGAAUCCUCCCCGGGGAAUGGGAGGCAUGGGCCCACAGAACUACGGCGGAGGAAUGAGGCCUCCUCCAAACUCCAUGGGGCCAGGAAUGCCAGGCAUGAACAUGGGUCCUGGUGGAAGAGGGCCGUGGCCAAACCCCAACACCAACUCAAUAGCUUAUUCAUCUUCAUCUCCAGGCAACUAUGUGGGCCCUCCAGGGGGAGGCGGCCCACCAGGAACUCCCAUCAUGCCGAGCCCCGGAGACUCAACGAAUUCAGGUGAAAACAUCUACACAAUGAUGAACCCCAUUGGUCCUGGUGGAAACAGACCUAAUUUCCCAAUGGGACCUGGUCCUGAUGGACCCAUGGGUGGAAUGGGUGCUAUGGAGCAGCAUCAUAUGAACGGAUCACUAGGCUCUGGUGACAUGGAUGGGUUGCCAAAGAAUUCUCCCAACAAUAUGGCAGGCAUGAACAAUCCUCCCGGCACUCCACGGGAUGACGGCGAGAUGGCGGGCAACUUUUUAAACCCAUUCCAAAGUGAAAGUUAUUCACCCAACAUGACGAUGAGUGUGUGAAUUUUUUUACCUUUUAUUUUAUUUUACUUUUUCAUCUCCCUCUAUCUCAAUCUCCCUUUCCCCACCCACCCCGGUGCGUCUUGCAUUACGACCCUCAUCUAUCCCUCCCUCACCCCUCCUCUUUGUGGAUGGUGUGCUGUUGCCACACAGCCCCUGGGGAUUCCCCUGGAAAGCAGGACUCCCCUCAAGGCUCCUCAUCCCAACGCCUGUAAAAUGGGUGUGAGAACAUGAAACGGCCUUCGAGCAGCAGGAAGGAUCUCCUCUCCACUUCUCCCUGCCCACUUGGCCCAUCGCGGGUCCCCAGAGGACAGUGAGAGCCCGGACUUGUUUCUUCCGAUCUGAAAACCUGCCCCCUUGAGGGGGGAUUCAGGCCCAAUCAAGACGCUCCUCUACAUUCAGCUCUAUGCCACCAUCGGCCCACCGUUAUAUCAAGCUGAUCAUAAGUUAAGGGGACAAGCAGUUGUGACUGACAUGAGGUGAAAACACUCUUUUGCAAGCUCUGCUUAUGUGGCAGAGUUAAUGAAAGAAAUAUGAACUGAUAAUGUUGUUUUAGGGCAAGAAUGAUUUUCAAUAAAUGUUUUUUUUGGUUUUGAUGAUUGUUCUAAUUUGCAUAAUUAAUAUUAUUUUACUAAUUUAGUUAUAUAUCCUGUAAAGGGCACAUUUUAUCUCAGCAGCAGCAUCAGCAAUGACAGAAUAAGCACACACUCAAAGAAUGCACAAUGAUUUUCUGUUUACAUGAUUUUAGGUUGUUUGUUGUUUGUAUUGUUUUGUUUUGAUUUUUUUCUGUCGCAGCCAGUCUCACUCCACAUACCUCUCCUUACAACGUGUAGUUUGUUUCCUCAGUGUUUGUUUUUCCCUAAUAUUUGAAAAAGACAAAAAACAAUUGCGAUAUUUAAACUGUAUUUACCUAAUGGAGGGUUGAGUGUUGCAGGUAAAACUAGCCAUAAUUUUAAAGCAGAGACUUACUCAGAGCAUUGUUGUUUUCAUUGCAAAGUGUCUGUUGAAGCACCUGAAUGAUCAGAUGUCUAGCUAUCUUGUCUUAAAACGCAACCCUUCUCACAACUGUCUGCUCUCAUUAUCUUUAAGUGGUUUGAAUGACGCCCUGAGGUGAUUGUCAGGACUAUUUAAAAUUUCACAACAGAGACAGCUAUAAAGAGCAUUUUGUGGAUCUUAUCUCCUCUAUGAAUUGGGUCUUGUCUGUAAAUAGAAAUUAUUUUGCUUGUUUUGUGGUUGGAUUUUUGUUUUUCAGUUUGUUUAUUACAAACGGUCUGUGAAUCCUGCAAUGUGGUGUCUUCCCCACGUUCAUUGAUAUGUAUGAUUUCAGCUUGAUUUUGGAGUCCUAAAGUGGCACCUUUUUCCUUAAUUUGGGUCUGUCACCAAGGUCUGCUGUUAGACCUUGAAUAUGCUCCAUACAGCCUUUCUGUUUGGGUAGAACUUUUUUAUCUUGUAUGAAUCACUUCUUAACUCAAACAAAAACACGCUGAAGGAAAGUUCCUCCCUGGAGUUCCCAUCGAAGCAGUUCCCUCAGCAUGUCCUAUAUAUAUGGGAUAAUGGAUCCAGGUGUCUGGCCAGCUGUUGGAGCGCAGGUGGGGAACUGAGCGAUGCACCUUGGGGUCUCUAAAUCACAUCAGUCUAACGAAGAUGGACAGUAAUUGGAAACUGUUGUAAUGGCUAUAUAUCUAUUUUGUGGAUGGUUUUCAGCGGAUUGUUUUUUAUUUUGAGCUUAUUCAACAUAGAAAAGCCCACAAAUCUGCACACAGAAAGGUUUCGUAACAUAUUCUGCUGUUUAUUUGUUUCUCUCUGGAUGUUCUGCACUCAUGCCCUGAUCAACACUCGCUGUCACUGUCUCAAAGGGAUAAAUUCUGUCUUGAUGCUCCACACUCCAACACCUACAUCACAGCUGUGUUCAACCCCACAACAACCAAACAACCAUUGUAGCCUCUGUGGGUGGUGCUGAUGUACUUAAAAAUUUCCUGAUAUCAAUGUGAACCCAGAAUUCAACAGGGACGUCUCCAGGAUUUGGCCUCCAGUGGCCUGGGAAUCACUCUGUCCAUUGCUCCCUCUGUGUAGUGAAACACACCUCACUUCUUUCCUCUAAGUCUGGCCCCAAACCUCACCCUUUAAUUUCCCUUUUUUUCUGUAAAUACUGUAUAAUGCAUUUUGAUAUCAUUGACAUGUUUUGAUAUGUCAGUCACUACCAAUGAAUACAGCUGAAAGUAAAUUAUAAAUGAAACUGUCCAUGUUUUUCAUAGAAAAAGGAUGCGCUGAAUAUUUGGCUCUUUGUGGCUAAAUUUAUAGACUACAGUAAAUGUGGCUAAAUGUAUAGAUAACACACUGUUUGCUAAAGACUUGUAUGGUUGGGGAGGAUGGGACGGAGAGAGGACAGGGCAGAGAGAAGCAAAUAAGCUGUGGUUUCUUCACUCUGCCCUUGACUCCUUGUGUUUCUGUUAAAAGUGGCUGCUGGGUUUUGAAAUAAUCACAUGAAUAAUUUUUCCAAAGGGCACCUUCUCACAAAAACAUGCGACCUCUUAUUGCAGUUUUUAAUAUGAAGGAUUUUUAUCAAUUUAAGAAAACUUAAAAAAAAAGGAUAAAAAAAAACACAAUUUAAAUUACAAAUGAAUCAAAAAGUAAUACUUAUGGGGAAAAACUGUGUCCUUUGCUAUUUGUUCCUGAAAUAGCAUUGUAUAUUUUGAAGCUCUCUCUCACUGAUCCUCUCUCAGUCCUUUGUGUAUAUUGAUCGUUGGCCAUCUCUGUACUUCUAUUGUGAUGUAUAAUACUGUACUAUUAGGAAGAGUUGCCGGUUGGGUGGGGUGGUUGUACUGAGUCGGGGAGGAGCGGGAAUUCGAGGGAAGGGGAUGUACAUGAUUCUCCUGUACCAUUCACAGUCCUUUCUGAUGACACGGCAGUAUUCAAUAUGAAGCAGUCUGUCUCUUGGGUUUGCUUUGUAUUUCAUGGUAGGAUAGUUCAGAAUCUUGUCUUAGGGACUUAGGUGUCUUGUGUAGGUAAUAAAGAUGUUCUUUGUAUGUUUCUUUAUAUUGUAAAGUUUCUUUAGACUGAAAGAAAAAAAAACAGAUAAUUUGCUUAUCAAAAAAGAAACAAUGCAUCAAUAAUAAAUGUCAUUUGAUUUUU